ACGCGCAGCCCACAGCGCGCUACUUAGCCACCACUCCUCAGCCGCAGCGGCUCCGCGCUCGCGCCAGACCGGGUGGCCGCGCCUCCGACGACGCCCCCGUUGCGAUGGCCCCGCCGCGGCCGCCCCCGGCUGCGCGCUGAGCCGCGGGCCUCCCCGAGCGCCACGGCUGGAGCUGCCGCGACCGCGGCAUCAUGGCCCCGACCCUGCUCCAGAAGCUCUUUAACAAAAGGGGCAGUGGCGGCAGCGCGGCGGCGGCGUCCGCCCAGGGCAGGGCGCCCAAGGAAGGACCCGCCUUCAGUUGGUCAUGUUCAGAGUUGGAUGUAAGUGAGAUUCGCCUGAUUGUGUACCAGGACUGCGAGAGGAGAGGCAGACAAGUCUUAUUUGAUUCCAAAGCUGUUCAAAAGAUGGAAGAGGUGGCAGCCCAGAAAACAGAAGAUAUUCCUGUUAAAAUGUCAGCCAAGUGCUGUCAAGGAGGCAGCAGUGUCAACAACAGUGUCAGCAGCAGCAGUAGCAGCAGCAGCAGCAACAGCAACAAUAGUAUCUUUUCUCAUAGUUCUUCUGGAGGGUCUUUACCACAAACCAAGGAGCAGCUUCCAAAGUACCAGUACACAAGACCAGCUUCUGACAUCAACAUGCUGGGGGAAAUGAUGUUCGGCUCAGUUGCAAUGAGCUACAAAGGCUCUACCUUAAAGAUACACUAUAUACGUUCUCCUCCCCAACUAAUGAUUAGUAAAGUUUUCUCUGCUAGAAUGGGUAGCUUCUGUGGAAGUACAAAUAAUUUGCAAGACAGCUUUGAGUACAUCAACCAAGAUUCUCAUAUAGGAAAACUGAACGCAAAUCAGAAUGGUUUGGGGCCUGGUCGUACUGGAAGUAACUUAGGUCUGCUACAGGCUUGCAGCAGCAAACUGCUGCAGGGGGUGGCUGAAGGAGGACCUCUCCGGCUCACCCGGAGUGCUUCUUUCUUUGCAGCACAUAGCACACCAGUUGAUAUGCCAAGCAGAGGACAGAAUGAAGACAGGGACAGUGGCAUUGCUCGAUCAGCCUCACUAAGCAGCCUUUUGAUCACACCUUUCCCCUCUCCAAGCUCCUCUACAUCCUCUUCAAGCAGUUAUCAGCGCCGCUGGCUUCGAAGUCAGACAACAAGUUUGGAAAAUGGCAUCAUUCCAAGGAGAUUGACUGAUGAUACAUUUAGUUUGGCUGAAGAAACCUGUAAUUCAAAUCCAGCCAUGGUUAGGAGGAAAAAAAUUGCCAUCAGCAUCAUCUUUUCCCUGUGUGAGAAAGAAGAAGCACAACGGAACUUCCAGGACUUCUUUUUUUCUCAUUUCCCCCUGUUUGAAUCUCACAUGAACAGACUGAAAAGUGCAAUUGAAAAGGUCAUGAUCUCCUGUAGGAAGAUAGCAGAAUCAGGUCUACGCGUCCAGUUUUAUGUCAGCCGCCUGAUGGAGGCUCUGGGAGAAUUCAGAGGGACUAUCUGGAAUUUAUAUUCUGUUCCAAGGAUAGCUGAACCAGUGUGGCUUACCAUGAUGUCAAGCACUUUGGAAAAAAACCACCUGUGCCAGCGCUUUCUCAAGGAAUUUACAAUUUUGAUAGAACAAAUCAACAAGAACCAGUUUUUUGCUGCCUUGCUGACUGCAGUGUUAACCUACCACCUGGCCUGGGUACCAACCGUCAUGCCUGUUGACCACCCUCCCAUUAAAGCUUUCUCAGAGAAGCGCACCUCUCAGUCAGUGAACAUGUUGGCCAAAACACAUCCUUAUAAUCCUCUCUGGGCACAGCUAGGUGACCUUUAUGGAGCCAUAGGCUCUCCAGUGAGAUUGACUCGUACUGUGGUUGUGGGGAAGCAAAAGGAUUUGAUCCAGCGCAUUCUUUAUGUUCUGACCUACUUUCUCCGUUGCUCUGAGCUACAAGAGAACCAGUUGACCUGGAGUGGUAACCACAGUGAAGGUGACCAAGUUUUAAAUGGGAGCAAGAUUAUGACAGCCUUGGAGAAAGGAGAGGUGGAAGAGUCCGAAUAUGUAGUAGUUACAGUGAGAAAUGAGCCUGCUCUUGUACCCCCCAUCCUACCACAAGUGAUGACUGAGCGGAGGCAUCCUGGGCCCACAUGGUUAGCUGGGACCUCAGAAAGCAUUGAUACUAGAGAUCUGAGUCCCAAACCUGAUAGAGAAGGAAUCAAAAAGCCAGAGAAGAAUUCUGAGACUUACAGCAUAGGAUUCCAAGAGCCAGCACUAGACACUUCUUGGAAACCUCAGAGUACAUCUUGUGGUGAUGAAGAGAAUGAACAAGAGGCACUACAAGGCAGCUCUUCAAGAUUUCACUGUUGUGAGGUUCUUGGGGCAGGAAUGAUGAAUCAACAAACUGUCCAAGAGCCGUUGAAAGGGGAGAUGCUAAAGAAAGAAUCAGACCAGCCAACAGCCUGGUCCUGCCCUGACAGAUGUUCCUGGAAGGAGCCUCCCAUGGGAAAGGUCACUUUCCAAAUUGGAAGCUCUGUAUCUCCUGAAUCUGACUUUGAAAGCCGCACCAAAAAAAUGGCAGAAAGGCUAAAAGCCUGUAAACAGUAUCCAGAGGGAGCCAGUGCUUUGGCCGAGUCAGCUCAGAACCAGCAGGGCUUUGGGUGCACCUUCAAUGCUGGCUUUCAGAGUGUCAGCGUUCCUCAGAACAGGCCUUCUGAUGAGAAGGAAGGUGAAUCUGACUGGAGAUUUACUGAGGACAGAGGCACCAGAACCAGAACCAUGGCAGAUGCUGUGGGGCUGCUCAGCCAAGCUGUUGGCACACUUGUACCCUCUGAGAGUGCACAGGGAACUGGCAGGAGAACUCUGGAGCAAACAGUAGGUUUGCACUUGAAAAGCAAGGAAAGACCUUCACCAGAGCCUGUUGCAAAUACAUGUGGACAUCAGGAUUCUAGCUUCCUGGUUGCUGCAGAUGUCCUCUGUGGGGAUACCGACAGGAAGGCUGACUUUAGCAUGGAAGGAGACAUUCCCAGGAACGAAAGCUCUGACAGUGCUCUUGGAGAUAGUGAUGAUGAAGCAUGCAUUUUAGCCACACUGGGCCUAGCUCACAGUGGUGAUAGGACUGAUGGGUCCUUGGAAGUGGAGUUGCCUCUGCCAAGGUCUCACAGCAUCAGCAAUCCAAAUGUAAGAAACUUUGGCCGCUCACUUCUGGCAGGUUACUGUCCUACAUACAUGCCUGAUAUGGUGCUUCAUGGGACCAGCAGUGAUGAGAAACUGAAGCAGUGUCUGAUGGCUGAUCUGGUUCAUACAGUGCAUCAUCCAGUGCUGGAUGAGCCAGUAGCUGAGGCUGUCUGCAUUAUUGCAGAUACGGACAAGUGGAGCGUCCAAGUGGCCACGAGUCAGAGGAAAGUGAUAGACAACAUGAAGCUGGGCCAAGAGGUCUUGGUUUCUAGUCAGGUGUCCAGUUUACUUCAGUCCGUUUUACAGCUAUACAAGCUUCAUCUCUCUGCUGAUUUUUGCAUCAUGCAUCUUGAAGACAGACUACAAGAGAUGUACCUUAAAAGUAAAAUGCUUUCUGAAUAUCUUCGGGGACACACAAGAGUACAUGUGAAAGAAUUGGGUGUUGUGCUGGGGAUUGAAUCUAAUGACCUGCCUCUGUUGACUGCAAUUGCCAGCACUCAUUCUCCUUAUGUGGCUCAAAUACUUUUAUAAACUAAUGCUCAGGACAAUUCUUCUUGAAACGAGAAAAACAAAUUCUCAACUGAAGGACAAAUGAACCUGGCCUCGGUGACAUCAAAAGCAUAAGAGGAGAAGAUAAGGAGUCAUUCCAUCAUUUGCUUUGUUGCUUUCAAGUGGAUGCUUCAUUGGGAGACUUAGGUUUAUUGGACACAAUUGCAUUUGUGAUUUUCAGAAACACUUUGGAUCUUUUGUUACCUGUGAAUCAGCAGAGUGUUAUUUCUGAUCAGGGGAGACAUAAGCACUACACUAAACACUAAGCAGUUGUUGCAGAUAGCCUUGUGUUGUUUGGACAGAAUAAUGACGAGCAAUUUGGAGUAGAGUGCAAACUGUGUAUGUAACAUUCCAGCAGGGCGAGGCUGUAACCUGGAGAGAACACAGUGCACUAUUGUAAGACAGGCAGAAUAAGGACUUUGAUUUUCACAGGUGACAAGAAGGAAGCCAAAUUAUGCCAUUAUCAGCCCCGUGGCUCUAGCAGCUGCUGUUUGAUAUGAAAGAGGAUUGUCUGUUGGAAAAACAGUGCUGUAGAGACCCAGUGCUCUCACUGAGUUCUCAGAGUUUACUCUCAGAGGCAGCUACAGGUAAGUCAGAGGUGGAUUGCUGGUGCAAUAACCCAAGAGCCAAUGUAGCAUCCUCAGCCUGACUCCAGGUGUUGACCCUAUCACUUAGAGCUCUCUGCAGCCUUUUCAAGAAAGGCUAUUUGCCAAAGUUACUUAUAAGCUCAAGUGUUUCUGUUGAUAAAUUCUUCCAGCCAGAGCCACUUUCUUCCUAGAUUAGUUGAUUUAAGACUGUAAUUUAAAAGAUGCAGCUGUCCAAGUAGGAAGUGAAACUGCAACAAAAAGCAGCUAGGUUAGACUAUAAGAAGCAAACUGCAUAUAGUGUGAAUUUUUACAGUAUCAACUGUGUACUUUUUUCAUCUUGUUCAUGUCCUUUCCAAAACAUCUUUCUAGAAAUCAACUUGAUCAUCACACAUAAAGCCUACCAAAGUAAAGGAUUCAACUGUUAAAAACUCAGUUUUCUGUUAACAGAAAAGAAACCUAGUUUACUGACUGAUAAUGAUUGUAUCUUGACAUCUAGGAUAAAGUAAGACUUGCAUUAAGUGGAAGAGGCUAAUCUAGUAAACAAGACAUGGUUAAACCCUAACUUCCCUCCCUUCCACAUAUCUCUUGUACUAAGAAGGUGGACUACUUUGGAGUUAGAAAGACUUUAGACUUCAUACUUCAUAAAAUCUUGAUCCUCACUACCACAUAACUUUGUCUAUUCUUGUACAAAUGCAAGUAAAUUGGAAGCUGUACCAAUUGACAAAAAUGCUGUGUUCUUUCUUAGGAACAGGCCAGAAAUACUACUUUCCCCUCUCUUUGUGCUUUAUGAGAAUAGAUAUAGGUGCUUUGAGGCACUUGGUAUCUUUGAUGUUCACUUUAUUUUUUAUUUUUUCUUUUACAAAAUUUAAGUUUUACAUUCCUUUUAGUGUUAUUGCCUUUCUUUUUGGCCUAACAUAAGUUUGGUAUUUUCACAUUUCUCUCUCCAUGACAUCAUUGUUUGCUACUGGCCACCUUAUGGCUCAGCAUGCUCAACCUUGCUUUUCCUUGUGUGUGAAUAAGCUGUCAAAGCUGGUCUUAGGUUUUUUCCAUGCCAACCUAAAGCAUUCCCCUCCUCUCUAGCUCCUUUUCCUUGUUUACAUGUUGUGUGCACUUUGCCUUAUUCACCAUCUUCCCGGGGUUCAGAGAAAAUAACACAAAAGGAAUAUGAUUCUCGUGUAUCUAUUAGUGGCAUGUUGAAAAUUAGUUCCAUCCCGGGAAAAUUGAGCUUCACUUGGGUUGAUUCUUAACUCUAUACAUAAAAAACUCAGCUAAGUCUCCUCCAAGCCUUAAAAUUAUAAUUUUCUUCUUGUUCUAAUGUUUUAAAAGUCACUCAGAAAAUGUAUUGUAGGAGAUCACAGGUGGGUGGUGGGUGGAGGUUGUCUCAGUGAUCCCUUAGGACUCCAUUCAGAGCCUAAUCCUGUUGUGCUACCUACAGAUACAAACCCAUAAUGUUGCUGCUCUUUCUAAGUUUCAUUGAAAUAUUGAACAUUUCAAGCUUCCUCUUAAAUUCAACUUCUUCCCUAAAGCAAAGAUAAAGAGAAGUCCUGGGGACCUGUGAUCCCCCAACACACAUACAACACCCAGUGGCUUCCUUCUGCUACAGCUGAAGAGUCGAGAAAGGGCUCCCACCCUCCCAUACCCCUCUCAAGAAAAAAAAAAAUUAAUGAAGAAAGAAAUCUACCUCAGUUGACAGGAUUCUACCUUUAGGGUUUAUUCAACUCUAUGUCUUACUGUUGAGUGUAUUUCUUCGUUGCUCUUGCUUUCUUAAGCAAGCUAGUGAGGCAUGAUGGAGCGGGUAUGUAAAUGUUCCUGUAAAAGGCCUCUUUCUAGCAUGUUGCAGUUUUUAUUUUUAAUAAGUUGAUAAGUGAUAUGAAUGUAAAGCUAAUUGUGUAUGUUUUAAACAUGACAAUGAAAGUUUAAGAUGUAGCUUCCAUACUUGUGCAUAAUUCCAAAGUAUUUUAUUUUAUCAGUGUUAAAUAGCUUUUUGUACAGGCUGCAAUCCUUUUUUCUGAAGUGUGCUGUUUUUUAAUGAAAAUAACUAAAAUCUUUUCACAUCCCAUGAAACUGCCGUUUACACAUACAAUUUUUUAAACUUACCAUAUUUUUCAGAAUUAACUUUUUUGGAGGGAGGAAAUUACCCACUUGAUAAAAGAUUCUAAACUGUUUAGGCUAUUAUGAUUAGGUCCUCAGAUUUUUAUAUAAAUUUAGUCUGUAGUUUCUUAGGUUCUUCGCAAGAAUUGAUUGUACAUAUAAAUAUAAAAUGACCCUCAAAUUCUUUUAAAUGUCUGGAUUUUUCACUAAUGAACACUCUGGGGAACAUUUUGUUUAUGCAUACUUUCACCAUUAAAUUUAAAAAGUCUAUCUCAGUUCAUGUGAACACUUUGUUUUUGUUAUGUUCUGGGGAAAUGAUAUUUUCAUAUACUUUCUGUUAAAUCAAGCAAGCUCCAUUGUUUUAAUUUUUAAAUGUCAAAAGUUGGUGAGAUUUUAAUAUGCCUAAAUUUGAGUUGUAGUUUAAAAAGAAAAUCUGGGAUUUGUUGCUGAAACUUCAUAAAGAAAAAGUAAUAAUACUUAAUAUUUUUGACCAAUGGAAUGGAUACCAAUGUCAAUCCAGUGUCAAUGUGUAGAUUUUUUUUCUUGUUCAUUAUUAUGAACAAAUUAUCUUGUUCAUAAUUGAGUUAUUUUGGUCCAUUUUUCUGUGGCAUUUGGUGCAAUAAAUCUUUGAAUUAUCUUGAA